AUGGGAAACUCCCACGGUCAUCGGAGUCGUGCCUUCAGCCGACAAAGCACCUCCUCCGAGCAAUCGAAUACCACGAUUCCGUAUAGAAGCCAAAGCGUCCGGGUGACAGCUUGCCGUCUUCCAUCUUCGAAUUCUUCAACAGACUCCGAGCCGAACAACAAUCAACCGAUCAACGGGAAAUCGAACAGUGUCAGCUCCGCCGACCAUGAUGUGCUUCAAGUGGCGCAGAGAUGUGUGGCGCCGAUAAAGCAACGAAAAGAAGCCGUACAACAAUCGUGGAGCGUUUUGCUGAGUCUCAGCGGAGAUAUCACGCAGAUCGGAUUGGGCAUCUAUCAGAAAAUCUUCGAAGCUGCCCCCGAUCUCCGGGCCGUUUUCUCUGUUCCCGAGCACGUGCACGAUUUGCAGUCAUAUCCCGAUUUCCAUCGUUCCGGGAAACUCUUCGUGUCAGUGAUCGAUUUGUGCGUGCGGAGCAUUCAUUCGCUCGACUCCGACAUGGGACCGAUUUUGGUAAUGUACGGCCGACGACAUUUCCACCGACAAGAGCAAGGCUUCCGAAUACAAUACUUGCCGCUAUUCGAGAAUUGCAUGAUCGAGUACAUUGUUGAGAAUUUGCCCGACGAGGAAAAAACGAAUGAGGCGGUGAUCGGGUGGAACAAUUUGAUUAAGUACAUUUGCGGGAAGCUCGCCGAGGGUUUCCAAUUGGAACGAAUGCGGAAUGCGCACAUUCGACGGAAGAGUGUACUG